AUGCCACCAUUGCCCUCACGGCGAAACUCGCUGUGCCUCUUUUGCGCCUUUGCCGCCCACGCGCCCUCACAACCACUGCGCUUCCUCCCCCGAAUACAAGUUGCCCAUCGCAGUGGCUCCUCAAAACGUGCCUCGCCUCCAUGGAGUAGCGCGAGCAUCAGAGACGCCUUCCAAGGCCGCGCAGGGAGAGACGCAGCUCCCUUGAUCCAUGUCCGUGUCCGGUUGGAUAAACUGAAAGAAGAGUGCGCCCAGCCCGACUUCAGAGAGAGCCUAGGCCUUUCCGAGGACGACUUCUACAAGGAAUGGACGGAGUUCGAGCGCUCCAUCAACCUCUGGAUAAGAAAAGCGCCGCCCGAACUGCAGAGACUGGCUGCCGAAGAGAAACGCGGCAAGCUGACGCUCUCAAAACGCCUACGAAAUCUCUUCUACGCCCAGGUAUGCAGUGGCAAGUUCACGGCAGCUGAGCUCGACAACCAGAACAAGGUCGCCGACCUACGUUAUCCCGCCGAGUGGUUCCCGGCAACGAGACAGAUUCCACGCACUGUGCAUCUGCACGUAGGACCGACCAACUCAGGCAAGACGUACCAUGCCCUCAAACGACUCGAGCAGGCCGACACGGGCAUCUACCUCGGUCCGCUUCGACUCCUCGCCCACGAGGUCUACACACGCUUGACGGCAAAGGGCAAGUCGUGUGCCCUGGUCACGGGCGAAGAACAGCGCCUGCCCGAGGGAGACGGGCUUCCGGGCAUGUUCAGCUGCACUGUCGAAAUGGCACCGCUCAACACGCGCUUUGACGUUGCUGUCAUCGACGAGAUACAGAUGAUCAGUCACGCAGAACGAGGCUGGGCAUGGACACAAGCCUUCCUAGGAAUACAGGCCAAGGAAAUCCACCUCUGUGGCGAAGCGCGCACAGUGCCCAUUAUGCGAGAGCUUGCCGCCCUUGCUGGAGACAAGGUACAUGUGCACGAGUAUGCGCGACUGACGCCUCUCCAAGUCAUGCCAAAAAGCCUCAACAGACAGCUGGAAAAACUCGAAAAAGGAGACUGCGUGGUUGCGUUCAGCGUCCUCGGCAUCCAUGCUAUACGCCGAGAGAUUGAGAAAAAGACGGGGAAACACUGUGCCAUUGUGUAUGGCAGCCUGCCUCCCGAGACGAGAGCCCAACAGGCAGCACUGUUCAAUGACCCGGACAAUGACUAUGACUUCCUUGUUGCAAGUGAUGCUAUUGGCAUGGGCCUCAAUUUGGCAAUCAAGCGCAUCAUCUUCGAAUCCCUUAUGAAAUCCGAUGGCCUCUACUACAAUCCCCUCCAGAUCUCUGAAGUCAAGCAAAUCGCCGGUCGUGCCGGACGCUACAAAACUGCCCACCAAGCCGUGACUACUGACACCCAAGCCUCGGAUCCCACCAUCGCCCUCGACGACACACCCCCAUUCAUCGAACCCAAAACAGUUGGCUGGGUAACAACAUUCGAAAAGGACGAUCACGAGCGUCUCAAGCGAGCCAUGGCCAUGGAACCAGAACCUAUCCACACAGCAGGCCUCUUUCCACCUUCCUUGAUGAUUGAGCGUUUCGCAAACUACUUCCCACCUCGAACACCCUUCAGCUACAUUAUGCUGCGCCUGCACGAAAUCUGUCAACUUCACUCGCGAUUCCAUCUUUGCAGGCUUCGAGACCAGUUGGACAUUGCAGACGCCAUCCACCCGGUCAAGUCCUUAAGCACACAGGAACGCAUCACACUCUGCAACGCCCCAGCCAACAUGCGCGAGGAACUCGAAAAAAGCUUUAUGCGUUCGCUGGCAGAUUGCAUAGCCAACAACCGUGCCGCCCAUCUCCUCGAGCUUCCCGACCUACCCUUGCAAGCCAUGGAUGCCAAACCCGGCCAGGAACGGAAAUAUCUGUAUGAGCUGGAACGCUUGCAUAAAAUGCUCAUCACCUAUCUGUGGCUUAGCUACCGCUUCCCCCACAUCAUGGUAUCGCGCUCACUAGCGAAUCAUGCAAAGAAGCAAGUGGAGGACAGGAUUGAGGAGACCCUGGCACGCUUCACCUUUGUCAAGGCAGAUCGGGAUCGGCUGAGGAUGCGGAGGGAAAUGGCGCGCAGAGCCUUGGAACAGGAGGAGGGUACGGAACACAAGGACGGCGCAGACGGCGAGACAGCGCAGCAGUCUGCAGACAAGCAGACUGCCCGCUCAGCGGUGCGCAGAGUCAUGACGGCUGCUUCGUCCCCAAACGAAAAGUAUCUGCCCACCCCUCCCCUUGCGAUUCGCAAGCAUCCGUCUACCCCUCACGUCCCGCUACGCAAACACAUGUCCGGGAAGGAAACUGACAGUCCGCCACCCCCUGACCACAUGCUCAAUCCAAGCCAGGAAUCUCUACUCGGACAGGCUCAGUAG